AAAUUUUGUGAGGGUGAAUGUCUACUGUAUUCUCUAAGGGAAUCAAGAAACAGUCAACAAUUCUGCGCAGAUUACUCGGGGUGAAAAAAUAAUCAGACCGCGAUGUAUUAUUAAUAUUAAUAUGUCUUUAGAAUUGGAAAAAAUAUUUGUGAGAUUGAAUGCCGAUUAGAUUUUCAGAGGAAAUCGAGAGAUAAUGGACAGUUCGGCGCACCUUAAUUGGAAUUAAGACAAUCGGGGAGGAGAAAUGUUAAUAUUUUUUUUUUUAAUUUUUUUAUUAAUAUUGACAGAUCGUAAACUGUUCGGUAUAUCGGCUUGCUAUAAAAAUCUGAGAGAUGUGAAAUAUGAAUAUUAUUCUGGAUGAAUAAAAAUUUGUGAAUGACAAUUAUUUUCCCAGGCGGUACUGGCGACGAAUAAGAAACUGGAUGCUUUUAUUGAGAUUAAAAAAAAAACAAAAAGCGAAAUAUUAAUAUUGCUCAGAAUUUCCACGAAUAUUUUAUGACGGGAACGGACGAAUUUCUUCUUAAAAAAAUAGACCGCGAAUGAACCACUGGACGCAUUUUAUGUGAAAAAUUUAAUAAACAGAAAUAUAAAUAUUGCAAUAAUUUUUCAGAUGAUUUAGUGAGGAGAACUGACAACUAUUUUCCUAGGAAAUAAUUCACGGAUAAUAAACAACUCAGCGGGUUUUAAACAAACAAUCUACAACCAAUAUUAUUCGAAUAAAUGAGCGGUAACAAACAGGAGAGGAAUAUUAAUAUUUUUCUGGAUAAAAAAAAUAUUCUGUGAAGGGAAAGUUUCAGUGUCAAGGGCAAGAGGUGACAGCUGAUAGUGACAAGAAGGGAAUGAGAUAAAUCCGAUAAAUAUCGGACCGAGAGUCAACACUCGUGGAUGUAGUAGCUGAGGUAGUUGAAACUAGUGGCUGAAAAUCCUCCAGACUAUCGAGAUGAACAUGUUGAAAACUCCCUGAGGAAUGGGAUCGGUUCACAUAAAAAAUUCGUAAAUAACAUAAUCAAACAGAGGACACGACACUUUUUAUGAAUUCUCAACAGCAAUUCUCAUUUAUACUCGAGGCACAAAAUUGUCAUGGAUUGAAAAGUGCGAAUAAAUGGAAAUGAUGCAUGUCCGGAUGAUUGAUGGGCCAGAUAGGGCAGAUAAAGUGCUAAUAAAAACAGUGAGAGCUCGCGAAUGAAAGAGUGAUUACAGAAAGAAGAUUAGGGGUAAUGGGGAGUGAUCAGUGGUACCCGGGGGAAACCGGGUGAGGAUAAUUAGUGAUACCAGUGCAGAAGCUCCAGACGGAGGGGAACGAUAUGUCUUUCUUCGAGGAUGUACUCGUUAAUGAUACUGAUGGGAACUUUACCCAGUUACAAAAUCAAUACAUUGAUCUCAUCAAUGAUUCGAUGAAUGCGUCGAAUCGAUCAUUGGCGGAGGUCAAUACCACUGACAUCGAUCCAUUCUACUUUUAUGAGACGGAACAGUUUACAGUACUGUGGCUGCUAUUCGCUGUAAUUGUGGCAGGUAAUACAGCAGUACUGGCAGGUCUGCUUUUGGGAAAACGCCGGAAAUCACGAAUGGACUUUUUCAUCAAACAGUUGGCGUUCGCUGAUCUGCUGGUUGGGUUGAUCUCUGUAUUGACAGAUAUCGUGUGGCGUUCAACAGUCACUUGGUAUGCCGGAAAUAUAGCCUGCAAGCUCAUAAGAUUCUGUCAAGUCCUAGUCACGUACAGCUCAACCUACGUACUUGUAGCGUUAUCAAUUGACAGAUAUGAUGCAAUCACAAGACCAAUGAAUUUCUCUGGCAGCUGGUGGAGAGCGAGAGCCCUGGUGGCAGCUGCUUGGGGAUUGUCCGCGGCUUUUAGCAUUCCAAUUAUCUUCCUCUACGAGGAAACGGUGGUAGAGGGUAAGAAGCAGUGCUGGAUUGAGCUGAGUUCACCGCUUAAGUGGCGUGUUUACAUGACCCUAGUCAGUUUCACAUUAUUCGUAGUUCCAACGAUAAUCAUUGGUGGAUGCUACACUGUCAUUGUGGCGACAAUAUGGUCUCAAAGUAGUGUACUGAGACAAGGGCCCAUGAGAGAUAGGAGAGCAUCUUCCAGAGGGCUCAUACCGAGAGCUAAAAUCAAGACUGUUAAAAUGACGUUUGUCAUCGUUUUCGUGUUCGUACUUUGCUGGAGUCCCUACAUUAUUUUCGAUUUACUCCAAGUAUACGGCCACAUACCGCGCACCCAGGCCAACAUCGCCAUAGCAACCUUCAUCCAGAGUUUAACUCCACUCAACUCAGCAGCAAAUCCCAUCAUCUAUUGUUUCUUCAGCACAUCAUUCUGCAAAACUAUACGGAACAUGCAGGCGAUUUCCUGGAUUUCUGGAUGGUGCCCUUCACGUACACAUCACUGCUUUGGCACCAGUCAUAAUCACCACAGCACGAGGACAACAAUUACAACAUCAUUGACAGCGCAGUCAUCGAGGCGUAGCAACCACAUUGCUAUGAUCCACUCGACAUCAAGAAAACACGUGAUGGUGUCUCUGGUUUGAUGUGGAUGAACAGCAGAAGUUUUUGAAUCAAAGCUGAAGAAUCCACCACUUGUUUUGUGAAAAACUGACAGCUUAACGACUUACAGUGAGUUAGAUUGAAUAUAACAAAUUUAUUCGCGUGUAAAUAUCAGAGCCAUUGUCAUUAUUAAUCAAUACAGAGAAUAAUAAACAUUUCUUACUCAGGAGAAAUCAAUUAAUUCCAGGAAUUUGAACUUGUGUAGAAGAUCUUUUGCAGAAAACAGGAAGAAGUGUAUGGAAAGUGAUCUGAAGAGAAUAAACAAUUUUUAUAAAUUUUAAUGAAUAUUCAAAGAAGGGGUGAGGUGAAUAAUGAAGAGAAUUCACGAAACGAAGUAUUCUUCCAUGCGAUUUAUUUGUCAGAUCUCAUGGAUCCAAGAAUUAAGUGACUUCUUCUGAAAUCAAGAAAUCUUUUUUCUCUGUUCAUUUAGGCAAAAAUUUUAAUAAUACAAUACUGGAGAGAUAUAUUGAUGCAAUCAGACUCCGAAACGAUGAAGAAAUUUUCUUGACGAACGUUUCCUCGAGCUAUUCUGUACAAAAAAAAAUAUUCUACAAUUCCUCCACUAGUUUAAAUAGCUUCAAAACAAAGAGGAUUUAAGCCGGAUUAAUUACAGAAUUUUCAGAUUAACGUAACGACGAUGUAAUUGGAGAAUUAAAAGUAUCGACGUUUCGUUUAACCGCUUCCACAAGGAGAUGAAAGCCUCGCAUUUUAUUAUUCUGUGAGGAUGCGGCCAUUCCAAACGAACCUAGUGUAAUUGAGGAAAAAAAAUUGCUAUAAAUUUUUCUAAUAAUUUGAAUUCUGACACACAUGCUCCCAUUCCUCAACUUAUUUGGAGUAUUUCCAGAGUUCCAUUGCGGCACUUCCUCAUAGACGAAAGAAUAUGACAUGAAUCAUUGCUAUGCAAUUCUAUCAGUAUUUAUCUGUUUCAUGACUUACGAAACUACUUGUGUAGUCGUAACUCUCAUGAAAUCCACGGAAAACGAUGCGCUCAAGUAUUUAUCUGUGUACAUAUAUAAAUAUUGUAAUAACGUUGACUUAAAAGACCUGUCAAUCAUUCUUCAUAUGAUAUUUAUAUAGAAUUCUGGUGAUAGUCGACUUUAAUAUGAAAUAAUAGGAUUUUUAUUUAAUCUAUACUGUGGAAAUAACAAGCCCGGAUUUUAGGAAUCCUAAAUGUCCUGUGAAUGGAGUAAAUUUAAUUCCUGGAGAAAAAUCAUUGAGAUGGAAUUCACUUAGAAUAUAUUUAUGUAUUCCUUAACGUAAUGUGUAUC